AUGAGUUCUUGGUCUUAUGAUGAGAACUUUUUAUACCCGAUAUUUAGGGCCGAGCUUAUAGAUGUUUAUAAGGACUAUGGUACCGUCUGGGAUAUUAAAGUUACGAAUGGAAUAACUCUACAACGGUCGUAUUUCACCUCUGACCUGUUCGUCAAUGAAGCGCGUGCAGAUGUUGACAGCCUUUUGUGUGAAUUUGACCAUUUGGCGGAAGGAGAGGCCGAGCCGUUUGUCAUUUUCAAGCAAUUAUGGGUUAAAUUGGGAUGGAACUUGGCUCAUUUGAUU